UUUGGUGAAAGGCUGUUGUUGUCGCGGGAGUGGUGUUACACGUAGCACAAACUUGCGGUGCAGCUGCUCAGCUCUUCCGUGCUGUGUACAACUGCACACAGGAUGGUUUUGUUGUUGUGGAGAGGUAACGUUAAAUAACAAGUUCUUUGUUUACACUGAAACAUCUCGGUGUUUCAAAACUGGACGAGUGAUGGAACCGAGACACAACAGAGGCCGAGGGGGAAGCUGGAAGAGGGGAGGUGGGAGUGAAUCCCACCAGAGUUCGGGUGAACACCGUGGACGGGGCAGGGGUAGCCACCAUCGUGGAAGAGGGAGAAGGGACCACUAUCGGGGCAGGGGGCGGGGUGGACCUGUUGCAGACCAUCACCAGGGUCGAGAUGAGACAGACAGUGUGGACCAGGAGGAUGAGGGGUUUCAGACAUUUUCUCGGAGGAAGCUGGAGUCCAACUGGGACCGCUAUGAAGCUGAGGAGAAAGAGAAGCUGCAGGAGGAAGGACCGACGCAGCGAGGGACUGACUACCACGCCCUGCUGGGCUCCGCAGGCGACUCCUUCACCCAGUUUCGCCUGUCCGAAGAGAAGGAUUGGGAGGCGGACUCUUUGUCCAGCAAUCAGGUGUCUGCUAUGCUUGUGGACCUCCAGGCAUUGGCCCAGUCCCUCCAGCAACUCCCCCUGCACGUGAGGCUCAACCUGGAGGUCGAGCACAUACAGGCGGCGACCCCAGUAGAGCUUCCCACGGUGACUCCGAAGCCGAAACAGGACGCUAAUCUGAACGGUCUGUUCAGGCCUCCUCCAGCACAACAGGGCCUCUCUGGAAGCCUGGGCCUUUCCUGUCCCGUAAGGCCUGUUUUAGGCACCGCAGGUGGGACUGCAGUGCCUUCCAAGGCCCCCGUGGCGUCCUGUGGGACAUCCACACCCCCAGCCGAUGAGCUGGACCAGGAGCUGGAUGUGCUCCUCACUCUACAGACCAGUGGCCCUGAUCAGUCCCAGCCUACACCUGCCCCUGAGGAUGAGAUGAAACUCCCUGAUACGUCGACAUCCCAGGAGGGAGAACCGGAGGCCGUUCCCCCGGAGGCGGAGGCGGAGGCUGCGAAGCCGGAGGCGGAGGCGAAAAGGCAGGAGGUGGUGGAGGACGACCUGGAGGACUGGCUGGACAGCAUGAUCUCCUGACCCCACGAGCUGGACAUGAAGAUUCAUACAACUAAGACAGUGGAGGCGGUGGACCAUCCAUCCCUGUUACACCAUCACACACGCACAGUAACACAUGCAGCUACACACAUACACAAGCAUGCACACACACACACACCAACUGGUUUUCCCUUUUGCUGCUGGCAGUUGUGUGUGUCUCUGUACUUUGCUAGAAAGUGCAGCCACUGCUUCUAAAUGACAUUUUGAGUGAAGGCUUUACAAUUGCACUAAUGUCAGUCUCUGGAAAAGGUAAGAUAGCAGUGAUUUUGGUGUAGAAAACCUGGUACACAAAGCGCUGGCCUUUGAUGAAGUCAAUUAAGUUGACUGGCAGGGCAAUUAAUAUUUUGUAGGAAAGGAAUGAAUAAAUUGUGUUAGUGUUGCACUUUUGAUCGCAGACCUCAAAGUUGUACCAGUAUUGCUGUCCAUCAUAGUAUUCCCAUUCCAUUGGAAUGUUCAGACACAACCCCGACUGGAACAAACACACAAUGUCUUCUAUAUAACUCAAGCCAUAGCACUCUGUCCAUCCAAGCACCAGGUGCAAUCCCAGAUGCAGGAACCAGUCAGACUUUGUUGCAUUGGUUUCUUUAUUUUUUUUUUUUUUUUUUCCCCCUCCAAAGAAAUGUAGAGUUCGGCAAAGCAACUAAACACAAGUGACCGUACAUGUGCAUUUUCCCUCUGUUCUCAUGUGGCUCUGAAUAAACUGCGUGAGGUAA